GCUUCUCCUUGAAGACACACCCCUGUGGGACUGGAACAUGGCCCGGACCCCCCGGUCCUCCGCUGCUCCCCUCCUGUAGCCUCUCCAAGCCUCAUUAUGUGACUCUCUGCUCGGCUGCGGACCUCCAGGACGAACCGACUCCUUCUCGCCAUGGCUUCCACCCCCUCCGCCUCGGCCCUGUCCGCCGUGCUCCGCUGCAGGGGGAACAUCUGGACCCGGAACCCGCCGACCAAGCGGCCUGCCUCGGCGGCGUGCAGCCUCGGACUGGCCGGCGGGACGCUGCGCGACUCCCCGGCGGAGCGCGGCGGAUCAUCCCGCGGGUCCGAGUGGAGGAUUCCCCGCCGAGGAGAGCGCCUGGUGUCGGCCGCAGGGCUCUCUGUCUGCUGCAGAUGGGAUAGUGGCGACAGUGAAGCUCCGGCAGAAGAAGUUUUUAAGAAAAAUCAUAAAUUAUCUUCUUCCAAACUUUCCCAAUCUUCGGCUUGUGGCGCCCCCAGCGGCCAAAAGGCGCCCCUGCAGCAGAGAGGAGACGUCUUCAAAAUAAUCCACAUCAAAAAUCCUGAAGCAUCACAGAAGUUAUGCUUGCAGGGCUUCAUUCAGCUUCCAGCCGGAGUCCUGAAGCUCUCCGUCUGCAUCAGCUCUGGGUUGAAGGUGCAAAACCCCGGUUCUUCCCUCACCUCCUGGGUGUCCUGGUUCAUUUUCUCAAAACAACAGAUGAAGAGCGUCAGCACUGACCCAACACAGGAAAACACACAGAAGCAGGAAAACAUGUGCAGUUCUGGCCGACAGACGACCUAUGACCCACCUGACUGAGCUCCGAGCAGCCAGACUCCAGCCCAGCAUUGAUCUGCUUACAUUUACUCACAGGUUGGACUUCAGCCUGCUGGCGCCGCCAGGACACGCGUCGCUUUAGCUCCCGCUGAACUCAGAGUCAGGAAACGGCAAACCGACGGAUGGAAAGCACAAUCUAGUAAAACGUCUGAUGAAAUUCAAA